GCCGACACUACGUUAUAAGGUCCAAUCGCAUCAAAUCGAAACAAAUUGAAUCAAAUCCGGCAUUACGCCCCCGGAAAAUACAAAUUUUGCACUUGUAUUCGUUGCCGCGCUGCGAUUUCCGCGUCGCGUUCUUACUUUCACGCGACCAAUUCGGCGCUCAACGUCAACAAAAUCGCGUGAAAUCGUGUGUCUGCUGAGUGUUUUGCAACCUGUAUUUAGCAUGUUCCUAGCGUGCUUUUUAGCCAAAGAGCCGGCAAAUGUGAAUAAAGCGUUGAGCAACUGAAAAACUUAGCCUGAUUCUACGCGCACAAGAUCCUAUUAAGUUCCCCUGGAAUCCCCUGAUUAGCUGAGUAACGAACGCACAAUGAACUUCACCCCGUUUGGCAACACCUUUCCCGGAAACAUACCCGGCCUGCCGCAAUUCACGACGAGCACAGCUCCGCUGGUUUCCACCGUUACUGCCGCCGUGACGGAUGUGACAGUGACGGGCACCAAUAAUCCGCAGCAGCAACAGCAGCAGGAUGCCGCCGGCAGCAGCAAUCGCUAUCAGCAGCAGCAGCAGCAGCAACAGGUAACGCAUUUUGGCCAGGCCACUAUGACGGCGGGCCAGGGCAGCAGUGGCAACAAGUUCCGUGGUGGCCAGGAGGAUGCACUCCAGGGUGACAAGUACAAUGGCCACUUGGUGGCUUCAUCCCAGCAGCAGCAGCAGCAACAGCAGCAGACGCAAUAUGCAACUGUUGCGUAUGCAAGUGCAACAGCGACAAGUGCUGCAGCGGAUGCCCUGCAAGCGGGAACUUCCGGCCAGCAGCAGCAGCAGCAGAUGCAGCAGCAACAGGUCACCGCACCGCAGGAACUUACCCAAGAUCUGUGCAACGCCAUCCUCCAGCAGCAAGUACUCCAGAAUACCUCGUGGCAAACUCUGACGCCGGGCACCACAGUGGCCGACUACCUCUCGCAUCUUCCAGCCAACACGUUGCCCCUGUCGCUGCAUCACUUCCUCAAGUAUUCCGCGGAGACGAUAAAGAAGGAGAACCAACAGAAUGUGGUGCUGCAGGUGCAGACGGGACCAGCCAUUGGGAUCAACACCCUGGGCACGACAACCAUAAGUAUACCUCAGCAGGCAGAGCAGCUGACGCUGCAGACGCAGCAGCAGGCGACGUUGCAGGUGCAGACGCAGGCGGCGGUCACGGCGACGGCGACGACGGCGACAGCGACGACGGCCGGUGGAUCCGGCGCCACUUCCGGCAAGAAGAAGAAGCGCAAAAAGCGUAGCAAGGACCGGAAGACGAAGCUGCGACCCGGCGAGAUUCGCCUGGGCACAGCACUCGACGGCAGUCCGCUGUACAUGUGUCCCGAAUGCCAUGUGGCGUAUCCGGAACCGGAACUGCUCGAAGUGCAUCUGGUGGGCCAUAACCUGGAGAAGCGCUAUGUCUGCGACAUCUGCCAGGCGUCGCUGAAGCGCAAGGAUCACCUAACCCGCCACAAACAGUCGCACAAUCCGGAAAGACCCUACAUCUGCACCGUGUGCCUGAAGGCCUUCAAGCGGAAGGAGCAACUGAGCCUGCACUUCGUCAUCCAUUCCGGCGAGAAGCGCCACCAGUGCGGCGAGUGCGGCAAGGGUUUCUACCGCAAGGAUCAUCUGCGCAAACACACCCGCUCCCACAUCGCCCGCCGGGUCAAGGCCGAGCUGAACAGCCAUGUGCGGCGCGAGAAUGGUACCAGUAUGUUGCAACCCGUCGUCACGGAGGCAACAACGGCGGCGCUGCAACAUGCCAACCAGCUGGCCAGCGCACAGCAGCAGUUGCAGCAGCAGCAGCAGCAACAGCAGCAGCAGCAGCAACAACAGCAACAGCAGCAGCAACAUCACAUUGUGAUCACCCAGCAGCAAGCGACACCGCAGCAGCAACAGCAGACUUCGCAGCAGCAGCAGCAACAGCAGCAAAUGAUAAAUUAGCCAAAUGAUUUUUGUAAAGUCAGUUAAAGCGAAAUUCAAUUUAGUCUCAUCUGAGUCCUCAAGGACUCGGCUGCUCAAAAGAAAAACUAACAAAUAACUCUCUCGGUCCACACAAUUUAAUUGACUCUCACAAAUCGGAUAAUACAAACUGGAGGAUGUUAGCUAAUGUCUUCGAGGAUUCUCUGUAGGGAUCUCCAGGGAAUUCUCAACGUUGUACAACUUUAAUCGUAAGCUCGCGAUGGAAUAAUAAUGGGAACCUUCCACAAACGAAAGUACAUUCACUGGGAUAGAAACUACAUUCGAUAGGAUCUUUUAAAAUUUAGCUUAAUUAAAUUUGAAUUCCAAUAGUUUUAGAUUUAGUUCCCAAGCAAAUUAAUAUAUUGAUUUUAAAGAGUUAUUGAUUUAAACUUUAUUGCAGAUCUCAAAUGUGUAACCCACACACACACAAGCCAAUUUAUAAACUAUUAGUUUAGUGAAAUAAACUUUGUACACCACGAUUUCCUUUAUAUUUAUAAGCAAUAGUUAAAUAUGAAUCCCAGUGAGGUUGUCCGCCCCAACACUCCGUACUUUAGUUUAAGACAAAUGUGCAAAGGAAUAAUAAUUUUAUACGCAAUGUAUUUUAGUGAAAUGUAUUUUUCUACAAUUAGAAUCAAUGUUGUAUGGUAUGGUAUGUAUGUCGUCCAUAUGUACAUACACUUGAACACUGUUCACUGGCAGCGAACUAUAUAUUUAUAUAUAUAUACUAUGUAAACAAAUGCAAUUUAGAUUUACACAUACUUGUAGGAACAAAUCUAAAAUUGUGAAUGUACGUAUAACUUUUUGCUACACCGAUAAAACAACCACAAAUCCCUGUAAAUAAGCAGUAAAUUAUAUAAUUUGAUCUAAACCGAA